AUAUUUAGGGGAUUCACUUAACAGCGUAAACUGAUUAAACUGAUUAAACGUCGCGAUCACCAAGGCAAUCUUCGAUUAUUUCAUUCGCAAAAUCAUGAAACAUUUCAAAUAAGCAGAAAAUCAUGGCUUACGCAGCCAUUUAAUCUGUUUAGUGAAUACCCCUAUUAUGUUAUAAAUGUUGUUUAAUAACUCAUUGUGACAUAAUUUAGUUUCAAUUACUUGACAUUCAGAAAAUCAUUUUGUACAAUUGUAUCAAAAUAUGAUAGGAACUAGUUUUCUUUAAACUUAUAUCAUAUUUUGUUAUAAUAUUGAUCAGAUCAUAACAAAAUAGGUUAUUAUUUUGAUUAGACCAGUGUACUUUUUGUUAAAAUGUUAGUUAUUUUAACAUCAUCCUGCACCUAGUUUAUAACAUAAUAAGUUAUAGAAUAUUUUUAUAACAUCAUAACAUAAUGUGUUACAAACUUGAUAGAUUUUUCUAGUCGGGAUUCCACUUUUUUCUCUCUUACUUUGUGUCAAUUUUUCGGGAAAAUUUCUUUCACCGAAACAAAAACGUACGACAAACCGGGUCAAGGUAGGGUAGAAGUCUCGUACUGCUACGACAGACGAUGCCGUCGAUCACAUCUCGCGGGAUGUCGUCUUAUGCAUAGUCACGAUCUUAUGGUUGAUACAUAUAUGCAAAAAUCACUGUGGCUCUGUGGUUUCUAAUAUGUACUGGCGUUGCAAUACAUGUCUCGUGGACCCAAAUGCAAAUGCAUCACUUAAGCUCGGAACUGUAUAGGUACUUGAAGCGCCGCGCCGUCAUUUGGCAAAACGAGGGCUCCGGCUUCGGCCCCUGGAGGAAUGUGUUUUACGGGCGAGAGCCCGAGAAAAAUUGCGGAAUUGAGUUUGAAUAAAAUUUAAAUUAGAUUUGAACUGCAUAAUCAGCGAGCGCGCGCGGACGGUUCGCGUGUGAUGCUGAAUGUAGGACUGCUGGUUGACCGCAUAACAUUGUGAUACAGUGACUGAACUGUUUCGCGGUUUGGACUCGUUAAAACACCCCGCCUGCCGUUUAACUGACGUCGCAUACGUCAAUUAUUCUAAUGUGGCAAUCGUAGUCGAAGUCGUUACUUUCUAUAUUGCUGGGCGCAUAAAUCUUUAUUAAUCUAUUACGCCCCUCGCAUGGACCAAUCAUGUGGCAGUCACAUCACACUCUUAGUAUCUUUCUAGCUACAAAAAAGUCGGCAGAUGAAGUCAUAUGAAGUAUCGUUUUGAUUAAUUUACGAUUUCCUAAUCAAAUCGCGCAAUUCUCGGGGCCCAUCAUGGACUAAGCAAUGAACUUUUCCAAUGGCAUGGGAGAAACUGCAAGGGGACAAGUUUGCACAGCGGUGUUACUUAUGAGUGUCGUCCUUUUUGCACACAGCUGUGAAUGACGGGUCGAACAAUCUCAUUAGCAUUAGCAUGUACAGGAAAUGUGUGCCAAGUGGAAAAAGCUUGACUUUUGUGGCGGUUUUUAUUUUUAUUAUCGCAUUCGACAUCGACCAGAUGUGACGGCGGCGAGUCCUCAGCGAAAUGGGUUCACUGCAUCGUUCUUAAGCGGUUUGACAUUACGCGAGUGCGCGUACAGCUGAAAGCAGGUUAACAGCGACAUGGAUGGUUCUGCAAAUUGCAUUGAAUGUUUAUUGAUCAGGUUAUGGCAUUUUUACGAUUCUUUAGAGGAUCGUUUGAGUUAUCUUGAGAACAAUUUUAACGACUAAAAGUUGAUGAUGCUGAUUAAUGGUAAAGAAAUCAUAACUGAGACAGUCUCUGAACAUUCCUUUUGAUUUAUUUUUGCAGUAACUUUUUAGCAGUCAAGGGCCCAUAUUUGAGGUUGACGUGGUGAACUCACAGCUAUUUGGCAAGACCAUGUGCAUCGUCGUCAUCAGUACUAGGCGGCCACUGUAAGGCGAAUCCAGCAUCCAGAAAGUGGGCAAAGCGGGAAAGAUACGGUAGGCUGGAUAUGCUGCUAGAAUGCCGGACAAAACCUCUGCCAAAUUGGUAUUAACCACAAAUCUAGUUGGUAAAAGAUGGCGUAGCAAGUAGUUAUCUGCUAUUCACUCGGUACUGGAGUAGCUACGUAAGGUAUCAAUGUAAAAUGUCUACGCAGACAAAGACCCAAAACUUCAUGGGUUCGAUCCCAGCCCCGGCUCUUUCGUCAGUUGCUCUUUCCCCCUGAGAGCAGCUGACACUGACCCUCUUCUGAGCCCAUGGCUCAAGCGAACCCGGAUACACGGACAUUGGCGAACGGCAACUCGUAAUGGACCCCCAAUCGGACUGGAAAAAGGAACCACCAACAGCCACACAUCAACAUCCUCGUGCUCAUCAUUCUACCAUGAUAGGGUAGAAAGUAAAAGCAGCGCAACGGCAACCAGUUCGAUAUAGUAGAAUAAGAAUAGAAUACAUUUAGGCGCGGUACAAAGUGUAAUACAGCUUGCUUCCAGUUGGAAUCGCUCACGCAUUGCCCUAGUCGACAAAAGAGCUGUAAAUUAAGUUAAGUGAUUGAAGAAAGACCCAACACAGGGUUGUGUAUCACCGAUGUGCCCAAAUAUCGUAACAGCAAUUUAUAAAUCAGGCUCUGCAAAUAUACAGUCUAGAAAGAAGUAGAUUCAAAAACCAUCUGCAUUUUUCCUACCUACAUAAUUAACAAGCGUUUGCUAACGAACACCUCUAAUUACGUUAUGCACUGAUGGGAACUUGAUGACUUCCGUGGCGAUGCAAUAAAAUAGCAAACCCAAAUCACCAUUUCCAACAUUCUUACUCAAGAUGUUGUUCGCACAUUGUUUUCGCGACAACGUGGAUGUGUUCCCUGUUGGGAUGCACACCCUCAAAUUCCUCGGCUUGUGGGGUGAACCCCGUCGAGUCGUUCGUUUCGGCUGUAUCGCUUCUUGGAUGGCCUUCAUGUUCAUCGCACCAAAAACCUGCCUGGAGUACGGCGGCGAAGGUUUCGAUUCGUUCGCCCGUGGAACUGCGGAGCUGAUCUACUUUACCGACUUCAUUUCAUCGAUGGUGCUGUUCGCGUUUCGACGAAAAUCCUACGUCCGGAUGAUCACCACCCUGCAGGAAACCUUCCGAACGUUGGCGAGUCCAGGGCAACCGAUCAGCUGCGUGAACGCGAUCACAAACUUCAACCGCCGGAUCUUCAGAUAUUCGAGGAUCUACGCUUGCUUCAUUGGAAGCUGCUUGAUAUUCUACGUCCCAUUACCCAUGACGGCAACAUUCGUGAACUACUUCGCCGCCGGAAACGAAACCGAUUCGGUUGAGUUCGUCCUGCCGCUGGAGAACAAGUUCUACGGAUUGGACACCCGACGCAACAUCUUGCACUACAUAAUCUACAUGAUGAUGCUAACCCCAGCUGUUUGCGGUUCGGCCAGCCUCAGCAUCGUCAAAGGGACCGUCCUCUUUACGAUCAUCCGCUACGGUGCAACCCUGUUCGAGCUGGUUUCGCUGAAAAUAGCAGACCUUGGCGAUCCCUCCAAUUUCCGCGAUCAAGAUGACCUCGAAACGCAGCGCAAACGGCAAGACCGCCUGCAGGAGAUUAUCACCCUACACCAGACGGCUCUGGAGUUUGCCGACCUGCUGGAGAACACGAUGCAGCACAUUUUGCUCUCGCAAUUUGUCAACUGUCUGCUCAUCUCGUGUCUGAUGAUGUUCUACAUCUCGAGCACCUACGGACCGAACGUCGUGAAUAUGGUAAUACUGUUCGCCGUCCUCAUGGUGGAAGUGUUUGCGUACUGCUACAAUGGAGACGAGCUGAGCGAAAAAGCGGCAGCGGUUGCCAACUCAAUCUACUGCUAUCCCUGGUACUUGGAACCGGUGCCGGUGCAGCAGGCGAUCCAGUUGAUGAUUUUGCGGUCCCAGCGGAAGAUCGGAAUCACGGCGGCUAAGUUCUACUUUGUGGAUAUUGGACGGUUUGGAGUGGUGGUCCAGGCUUCGUACUCGUACUAUUUGAUACUGAAGGAACGUUUCUAAGGGUCCUAGGUUAGUGUUUCUCUCCUGUAGAUCACCUUUCACUGCUUUAAUAAAAAUGUUACUCAUUUAGUAUUCGUCUCGUGCCCUGGCAGAAAACCUGAUCCGCUAAUUAUGUCAUAUAUCACGAGACGAGGAAGGGAAAGCGACGUGAUUUACUUCGUGAGAUACAUUUUCGUACCGCUUUCUCGCGUUGCACGAGACGAGCAAAUUUAUGAUGAUUUGCGUAAAAGAUAUGUUGCCUAUUUUACGAGGGAUGUUUUGCAAUUGCCGCAAUGUAAAUCUAAUUCCCGAAUAUGGAAGGUUCAAAAG